GCUUGCCUUGCCCUCCUGAAGCUUGAGCUCAGUCUGGCCACACGAGUAGGUUCGCUGUAGAACCUUUGCCAAGGGCGAAAGUGCCAGAUCCUCCUCGGUUUAGGGGAGGAAAAUGUUACCUUUAGGCCCGCUGAGGAAAACCUUGCCAUCCACCCUGUCCUGCCAUGCAGUUUGGCUUGAAAGCAGACUGUAGGAGCCUAUUUUGCCUUCCUUCAUUGGGUCAAGAGUUUCACAAAAACCCAAGGCAAAGCCCAGUAGUCAGCUGGAUUUCCGCGGUGCACGCUCUGAUUAAUCCCUGUCCCGAAAGGCAGUGCUGUCCUCCACAGAGCAGUCUGUGGAAUGACGCUUACUCCUGGGUGGUUUUAGCACCCCACUGAGCCAAAAAUGACAAAAGGAUUUCCUUAGUCAUCCCCAGUCCACUCUGACCAGCAGGAUCUUCCUUUAGACCUGACAGCAAAACAUCUAUCUGUGCGCAUCCUCUGAAUUUUCCUUUUAUGAAGGACGUGCUUGGUUGUUUCCUGCCGCGUAUCGUCAGCACCAGGGCCCCAUGACUGAGUUUAGUGGGCUGCUCUAACUGCCUCCCCCAUAGCCGCUGGAUGCUGUUCUUAGAUAACUCACGUGCUCAUUGGUCACCAUCCACUGUCCCCAUUUGUGAUGAGCAGCCAUCUUGUGGAAGAUGAGGGCCUGGGGGUGGGGGGCCACUUCCUCAGCCGUUUCUAUAAAGCUGUAGUCGUGAAGUCUUUCCCGCUUACGGACCCUUGAGAUUUUGAGGGAGGUGGUAGACUGGGGAUGGGCAGACUGCAGCCCGAGUGCCAGAUCUGGAGUGCCACCAAUUUUCAUAAAGUUUUAUUGGAAUACAGCCAGGCUCCUUUGUUUACGUAUUGUCCGUGGCUGGUCUUGCCCUAAAACAGCAGAGUUAAGUCCUUACAAUAGAGACCUAUGGCCCUUGAAGCUUAAAUACCUAUUACCUGGCCCUUUACAGAAGAGUUUGCGGAGUCCCACCAUACACCCUUGCCCUAGGACACGUGUUUUGGCGACAGUCUCAGAGGAUGGCGGGAGCCCAGACUAGGAGCCAUUCCCCCACCUCGUCGUCUGUAAACGUUUAUCCUGGUGCAAAGUACAGCACUGAAAGCAAGCCUUUGAGAAGGGUUUUACCUUCUCUUUCAGAAGCCUCCUCCCCUGCUUCGUUGCCAACAGAUUGUCCCGCUCACUGCAAGGACAGGGUCCCCUCGUCUCUGGUUCCCAGGGAGGGACACUCGGGGCAGGGCAGGGCAGGUGGGGAGCUUAAAUAGCAAGGUCUGGGGGUGGGCGCUGGCUGAGCCCCCCGGGCAGUGCCUUCCUCGAAGAGCUGUAGCUCCUUCCAGGUCCACAUUCUGGAGCACGGAGGGAGACAGAGACGGCAGGCCGUACCCAGCCUUCUUCUUCCUAGUCCAAGAGGCUGUGAGCUGCCUCUGCCUUCCUGGUUGAGCUCUGCUCCUCCUUCCUGAUCCUCCACCCGGGGAGCUCUGCUGAGAUAGCACCUGUCCCCUGCCCCACCCAUUCUAGGUCAUUCCUCUAGUUGGCUCUCACCUCCCGGUAACUCAGGCGAGCCUUGGGGCAGAGGCUGUGUUAGUCCUGGCCCUGCCUGGGCCUGACCUGUGGUAGGAGCCUGAUAAAUACUUCCCAGGGCUCACCAAGGUCUCUUCCCUGCCAUCCCUACCCCAGCAUCACGCAGGCCUCGGAACAGGGGUCAUCGAGGGAGGGUGGAGACUGGAUUUGCUGUGACCACUCCCUGACCCCAUCCUCGAAAGGGUCCCAUUUGUCUGCUCUGCAUUUGGAACCCAGACCUUCUUGCUGGGUCUUAGCGGUGGGGCACGUAGCGCACCUGGCCGCAUCACACCCCGUAGCCCCUCUGAACGCGAGACUCCUCCUUGCAGCGGUCUGCCUGCCCAACCAGUUCCGCUGUGCCAGCGGCCAGUGCGUCCUCAUCAAGCAGCAGUGUGAUUCCUUCCCCGACUGCAUCGACGGCUCCGAUGAGCUCCUGUGCGAGAUCACCAAGCCGCCCUCCGACGACAGCCCGGCCCACAGCAGCGCCAUCGGGCCGGUCAUCGGCAUCAUCCUGUCCCUCUUUGUCAUGGGCGGGGUCUACUUUGUCUGCCAGCGCGUGGUGUGUCAGCGCUACGCGGGGGCCAACGGGCCCUUCCCGCAUGAGUACGUCAGUGGGACCCCCCAUGUGCCCCUCAAUUUCAUAGCCCCGGGCAGCUCACAGCACGGUCCCUUCACAGGCAUCUCAUGUGGCAAGUCCAUGAUGAGCUCUGUGAGCCUGAUGGGGGGCCGGGGCGGAGUGCCCCUCUAUGACCGGAACCAUGUCACCGGGGCCUCAUCCAGCAGCUCGUCCAGCACCAAGGCCACCCUGUACCCGCCGAUCCUGAACCCGCCACCAUCCCCCGCCACGGACCCCUCCUUGUACAACGUGGACGUGUUCUACUCUUCAAACAUUCCCACCACCGCGAGACCCUACAGGCCCUACAUCGUCCGCGGCAUGGCGCCCCCCACGACGCCCUGCAGCACCGAUGUUUGCGACAGCGACUACAGUGCCAACCGCUGGAAGGCCAGCAAGUACUACCUGGACUUGAACUCGGACUCAGACCCCUACCCACCGCCACCGACGCCCCACAGCCAGUACCUGUCGGCAGAGGACAGCUACCCCCCUUCGCCCGCCACCGAGAGGAGCUACUUCCAUCUUUUCCCUCCCCCUCCGUCCCCCUGCACGGACUCGUCCUGACCUCUGCCGGGCCGCCCUGGCCUCUCUGCGCCCUUGUAAAUAGUUUUAAAUAUGAACAAAGAAAAAAAUAUAUUUUAUGAUUUAAAAAAAAUAAAUAUAGUUGGGAUUUUAAAAACGCGAGAAAUGUGAACAGUGACGGGGUGGGCAGGGCUGGGAAAACUUUGUACAGUGGAGAAAAUAUUUAUAAACUUAAUUUUUUUAAAACGUCA